CUGUCUCUCCCCCGGCCUUUGCAGCUCCUACAUUUACCAGAGACGGUUCGUCAGAUUGGACACAGACUACCUGAGAUACUUUGAGAACGAGAAGGAGGUUUACUCCAAGAGGGUCAUCUCUCUCCGGUCCAUCACCCGCGUCUCCCCCGUUGGUGAGCAGAAGUUCGAGGUGAUCACCUCCAACCGUACCUUCAUGUUCCGUGCGGAGAGUGAUGGAGAGAGGGGUGAGUGGGUGAGGGUGAUUGGGCAGGCGGUGCAGGAGGCGUGGCAGCGGUGUGAGUCGGGGUCUACUCGAGGCAGUGACCACCCGCUGCGGGACAGCGUGUCGGGACGGGGCGAGAAGGACGGGUACCUGGAGCUCCGCCCCACCCGCACCAAGGUCUACGCCUCCAUCCACGGCCACAAGUUGUGGCUGUACAAGAACGAGGAGGACCACCGACUGGGUAUUGGCAUCACCUCAGUGGAGAUGAAUGUAGCUACGGUCAAGGAUGCCGACAGACGUGGUUUCGACCUGACUACGCCGUAUCGAACAUUCAGCUUUGUGGCGGACUCGGACGGAGAGAAGGACGAGUGGGUGGAGGAGCUGCGGGCAGCCACGGCCGAGGCCCUGUCCAACUACGAGGUGGCCGAACGAGUGUGGUCGUGUCCGGACAACACCGUGUGUGUGGACUGUGGGGCCCACCAGCCCGAGUGGGCCUCCAUCAACCUGUGUGUGGUCAUGUGCAAGCAGUGUGCAGGGGAACACCGAGCCUUGGGGCCGGGCAUCUCCAAGGUACGCAGCCUGAAGAUGGACAACAAGGUGUGGACAGAGCAACUCAUUAAGUUGUUGCAGACUCUGGGUAACGGCCGUGCCAACCGUUUCUGGGGUGCCAACGUGCCACCGAGCGAGGCGGUGGAGGGGAAGAGCCGCUAUGCGGAGCGCCAACACUACAUCGGCGCCAAGUACCGGCACGGCAAGUACCGGCGAUACCACCCGCUCUUCGGUAACCAGGACGAGCUCGACAAGGCUCUGUGUGCAGCGGUGCUGACUGGUGAUCUGGAGGAGACCAUGGCGUUGGUGUUCUGCGGUGCCGACACCGGCUGCUUCACCGGUGACCCUGAGUUCCCCACGCCCACCGACCUGGCCCUCCACGCACGGCAACCCCUCCAAGCCGAGUUCCUCGUCCAGAACAGAAACUUCGAGCCCCCACGAUUGGAGGCGUGCGCGGGGGGGAGGCGGUACUACGUCCAACCCCAGUCCGUCACCCACAACGGCUUCCUCUACAAGACCGCCUCCGUGGCCAAGCCCAUUACGGACAGAAAGGCCAAAGAAGAGUUCAGCCGGCGAUGGUGCGUGUUGGACAGCGGGCUGCUCAGCUACUACGAGAGUGAUCGCAGCGCCACGCCAAACGGCACCAUCGACAUGCGGGAGGUGGUGUGCCUGGCCGUCAGCAGUCCUGCCGCACACGGGUAGGUCACGCCCGCGUCACGUCGCG